GGUUUUAGCCUCCUUUUAUCAUCAUUUCCUUUCUCUCUCUCAACACAUAUAUAUAGAGAGAGCUCCUCACAUUUGCCAUUUUAAAUUCAUAAGCACACCAAAAAAUGCCGAGCAAACUUGGAAGAAACUAUUUGAAUCUCUGUUUUACAAAGAUCAAGAAGCCACUCUCUACUCAAUCUUCUCCCAUCUCCCACACGGCGGAUCACCGUCAAACCCGCCCGUUCUCCGCCUCCGCCACCGCCUUCCUCACAAACUACAACUCCCUCUACGAGUGCACCACCACCUUCGACAACAAUUCCACCUCCAAACCCUUUUACGCUGCCGCCAACGACGGUGAUCUGGACGCAUACUUCCCCGCCACCGCCGUCGACUUCACCACCGCCUUCACCUCGCACCGCUUCUUCUUCUCCUCCCCCGGCCGCUCCAACUCCAUUGUAGAAUCCACCACCACCACCACCGCCCCCGUAUCCACAACUUCACUAUCUUCCUCCGACUCCGGUGGCGACGUGCUCUUCAACAACAGCUUCGCGAUCCCGACAUACUCGCCGGACCCCUAUGCGGACUUUCGACGGUCAAUGCAAGAGAUGGUGGAAGCGCGUGAGGAAAUGGAGGGGACGAACUCAAGCUGGGAAUUCUUGCAUGAACUUCUUCUAUGCUACCUCGCCCUCAAUCCUAAAAGCACUCACAAACAUAUCUUCAGUGCUUUCGCAGAUCUCGCCUGUGUAAUAAAACCGUCAUUGCCACCGCUAAAAUCAGCGGAGGAGGACGGGAGUGGGGUUCGGAAGCCGAGUCAGCCGGCGGUGGUGGUGAGAUCUCCGGCCAAUAAAAUGAUAGAGAUUGAUGAAUUAUUUAACAUGGGGUUGCGGAAAAAUUGAUUAGAUAAUGAGUUUGAUAUGAUUUUAGAUUAUAAAAUAUAUUAUAUAUGUGUGGGAGAAGGAGAAGUUGGUCCCUCAAACUCUGGUUUUUGUCACCUUAAUUAUUAGAUCAAACUCUUAUCUUUCAUAUUUUCUUCCA